AUGGCCCAAGCAAGCGUCUCCCGAUCCGGCGCCUGGGUCUCAGCCCUACGCAACGCGACGCACUCGAAAACCGCAGCUGCCGGCGCGACGCGCCGCGCCGUCACUGCUUCGCCAUGCCUCAAUGCCUCGUCGACGCCUCCCAGGAACCCGGCUUCAGCUCCGUUGAGGCAGCAGCAGCAGCAGCGCGUCCGCGCAUUUUCGAGCUCGCCCCGGUCCGGCUACAAGACGGUGCAGGAGGCCAAGUCGCGACACAAAUCCGGGCCGUUCUCGUUGAAAGCCGCGGGUCUGUUCUUCGCGGUCGGCGCGGGCCUGAUCGCUUAUUUCCGCCAUGAGAAGGCGAGGAUAGAACGGCAGCGCAUUGCGGACCAGACGAAGGGGAUGGGCAGGCCGAAGGUCGGUGGCGCCUUUGAUCUUGUCGAUCAGAACGGAAACCGGUUCACCGACGAAGACAUGAAGGGCAAAUACGCGCUGGUGUACUUCGGCUUUACCCACUGUCCUGACAUCUGCCCCGAGGAGCUGGACAAGAUGGCCGAGAUGAUUGAUCAGGUGAAGGAGAUCAGUGGCAACACGAUGCGGCCCAUCUUCAUCACCUGCGACCCGGCGCGCGACACGCCCGCAGUCAUGAAGACGUAUCUGGCCGAGUUCCACCCGGACAUGAUCGGGCUGACGGGCACGUACGAGGCCGUCAAGUCCGUCUGCAAGGCCUACCGAGUUUACUUCUCGACGCCGUCGGACGUCAAGCCCGGCCAGGAUUACCUGGUCGAUCACAGCAUCUACUUCUACCUGAUGGAUCCCGAGGGCGACUUUGUCGAGGCCCUCGGCAGGAACCACACGCCAGCGCGAGCGGCGAAGAUCAUCUCUGAUCACAUUGGCGACUGGCGAGGCAAGCUGGACCGCAACUGAACUAGGCCGCAGGCGAUUGAUGAGCGGGGGUGCGUGUGUGUAGAGAAGAGACGGAAGCCAGCCGCAGUGGCGCAGUGAUCUGCAGGCUGUUGCACCCACAUCCUCUCGUUGACGAUGCAACGAGGCGCUGCGCCCAUGUAACCAUACUCCUCUGAAAACAUGUAGAGCAAAAACCAAACAAACUUGUACUCUAUGAGUAUCUACGACGGCGAGACGCCGCCAAUGGCAACACAGCUACUGCUAGGAGUAGGAGUGGACUGCAACCAGAAAUAACCCCAUGACCGCCGUGCCUCACCAGGCGCGAAAAA